UCUUUUACGGCUAUUUGAAGUCUUUUUUGUAAAUAAAUAUUAAAAACUUAUAUAAAUUAUAUAAAUAAUUAAAAAAAUAUAUAUAAAGUUAAAUAAUAUAAUUAAAAAAAAUGUAAAACUAAAUAAAUUAAGUUUAUAAUUAUAAUAUUUAAAAUAAUAAAGAAUCGAUAUAAGAAAUGAAAUAAAACUGUCCUAAGGAACAAUAAAAUAAAAUGGAUUUAAUUAAUAUUUGUGUAGUAUGCUUGAAAAUUGAUGGGAAAUUGUACAGUUUUAAUAAACGCAACUAUUUGUCUGAGUUUUACAGAGAGUUAUGCGAUGAAACCAUGGACAUUUCUAACAGCUCAUUACAGCUGUGCUCCAUUUGUGCUUAUUUAUUGAAGAAGUUUUACAAUUUCAAAAAGAAAUGCAGCAGCUCCCAGGAGAAAAUACGGCAGUGUUUCGAUUCGGGGCAAAAGGUAUCAUCCCUCAGUACAUUUUCAUCCCCAUCUUUAAAUUAUUGGAUAGAGAAUCUAAAUAAAACUGUUAUAUACAGAAAUAUGAAUGAUGCAGAGAUAUUAAGCAAUAACAUCAACACAGAAAUGUACAUUUCAUACAUGAAAAUUGAUGAGAACUCGCCCGAUGAUCCGGAGAAGAGCCUCAAAGUGGAGAACGAAGAAGAAGAAUGUGAUAGAGUGAAGGAUAUCGAAGCCAACGAGCUAGAAUUGAAAACGGACGUUCAAGAAGAGUUAUCGGACGAUAUUUUCGAGUCCUUAAGUCCCAUAGUUGUUUUUACAAAAGAAGAAAUUAAUAUUGUUCCAGACGUCAUGCCUGAAUUAAAAGGUUCCCUGGAGACGAAUAUAGAAGUGAGCAAAAAGAAGGGGAAGCAGAAAGUAAAACAGAAGAAGGACAGAAUAGAAGAAUUAAAUAUAGAUAAACUGAGUUUACACAAGAGAAGGAAACUGUUGAGACAAAUAAAAGAGAAGCCAAGCUUAACGGCCAAAGAUAAGCAGCUGUUAUUCAAGCUGGACAAACGGUACAAGCCCCUGAAGGAUCUGGAGAAUGACUUCAACGUGCAAAUGUAUUUGACUGAGGAGGAGCAGCUGGAGGAGUUCUACAGGAGGAGGUCUGAUGAUGGCUACGUGAAGGCCGAGUACAAGUGUGAGAUAUGCUAUAGGGGAUUCAAAGAGCAGAAGUUAUUGGACACUCACAAGUUGAAACACGAGCCAUCAGCCGGCGAGUAUGUAUGUAGGAUUUGCAACAUACGGUGUGCGACGUCGAAACUGCAUCGGACGCACAGGGAUUCCAACCAUACGGCCAAGUACACGUGCAAGAGUUGCUCCUUCGUCACCUACAGCAAGGCACAAGCCCGGAAACACCAGAGCUGGCACGAGGGCGUGGUGCACACGUGCCAACAUUGCCAGAUGAGUUUUAGGAAGCACACGACCCUGCUGAGUCACCUGCGGCUGCUGCACCCGUCGCCGCACAUCUGCAGCGUCUGCGCCAGGAGUUUCGUCAGCGCCAAUGGACUCAGGCAGCACAAGACUGUCGCGCACAAGGAACAGUGCGUGAGCGACAAGGAGGGCACCAGGUGUGAGGAGUGCGACAUAGUGUUCGCGUCGCGGAAUGUCUACACGCGGCACGUGCUGACCACGCCCAGACACGCGGACGCCGCCAAGUCCAUCAUAGGCUGUACAGUUUGCGGUGAACAGUUUGACACUAGAGAGAUGCUGGAACAGCACUCCCAUAAAGAGCCCAAGAGGGGGGGAGACAGGGUGAAGGACUUGAAGUGUAGCGAGUGUGGAGAGCACUUCACCCACUCGUCGAGCCUGUACCACCACUUCGUGAAGGCGCACCCCGGUAUACCGUACCGCCUGGCCGGCAGCCGCCAUCUGCUUUGCGAGACCUGCGGCAGGACUUUCAAUUGCGUGGGCUCGCUGGUGUCGCACGCGCGGUCGCACAGCGGCGAGCGUCCGUUCGCGUGCGACGCGUGCGACAAGACCUUCCGCACCAAGCAGACGCGCGACAAGCACGCCACGCGGCACGACCUCGCGCGGCGCCACGCCUGCCGCGUCUGCGGCAACCUUUACAGCAACAAGACCAACCUUUUCCGACACAAGCAGGUACACAGCGGCAUCCGCAAACACCGGUGUGACAUGUGCGACAAGUCGUUUGUGGACGGCUCCAACCUCCGCCAGCACGUGCAGGGGGUCCACUACAACAUACGGAGGGUCCGCAAGAGGUAGACCCCUUUAGUACCCCAGGGUUCCGGUAUAAUAUAGCAAGGGUCCGAAGAGAUUCCUCUAGUACUAUAGGGGUCUGCUACCGCAAACGCAAGGGCCAGAAAAAAUAGGCCCCUUCAGUACCCCAGGGUUCCUAUACAACACAUAGGUUUCACCACAGAUAGAUUCCUAAGGGGUACAAAGGGUCCGCUAAAAUAGGACCCCCUCCGUACCCUAAGGAAUUCGCUACAGCAUAUUCAGGGUACACGGAUUAGAUGCAAUGCUUUUGAAUAUCGACCGCAUAUAAACAUGCGCAGUAUUACAAAAAGCAGUAUAUAAAUUUAAAAAAAAUUAAAGCAUUAUCUUGACUAGAAGCCAGUUACGAGGUAGACAGAGAAAUGUAAAUACGUACACGCAUAAAUUUAAUAUUAUGCAUUAUGUAGAAAUAUAAAUAUAUAAAUUAAUAAAAAUGUUAUU